AUGGAGAAGAUUACAGACAAGAUCGCCGCCUUGCCGGCAGAUGCCAACUACUUCUCCUUGGAGUUCUUUCCGCCCAAGACGGCAAUGGGUCUCUCUAACCUUCGUGACCGUCUGGAUAGAAUGGAAAGGGCGCUGCGGCCGCUCUUCGUCAAUGUCACCUGGGGAGCCGGCGGAUCUACCUCAACAAAGUCUCUGGAGCUGGCCGAGAUAUGUCAACGAGAGCUCGGCCUCACGACUUGUCUUCACUUGACAUGCACAAACAUGAGCCGCAAGCUCAUCGACAAGGCCCUGGAGGACGCAAAGGCAUUGGGCAUCCGCAACAUCCUGGCUCUCAGAGGCGAUCCGCCCCGGAAGGAUGAGUACCGCGAUGCGGAGGACUCCGACGCAGAUGAUGCUGAGGACUUCGUCUGGGCCGUGGACUUGGUCAAGUACAUCCGCAAGAACUAUGGCGACUACUUCUGCAUAGGUGUUGCGGCAUACCCCGAGGGACAUGCGGAUGAGAGCCACCCCCUGGGACAGAGCUUCGAGCACGACUUGCCGUAUUUGGUUGACAAGGUCCAAGCCGGUGCGGAUUUCAUCAUGACCCAGCUCUUCUUCGACAUCAAGGCCUACGACAAAUUUGAGAAGAUUCUUAGAGAACACCCCAGCGGUGCCUUCAAGGACAUCAUUCUCCUCCCCGGCCUGAUGCCGAUCCAGAGCUACCAGAUGAUCAAGCGAACGACCAAGCUCAGCCACGCCAAGAUCCCCGACAGCCUCAUGGCCCGCUUGGACGCUGCCAAGGGCGAUGACGAGAAGGUCAAGCAGGUUGGUGUCGACAUCCUUAGCGAGCUCGUGGAGCAGGUCAAGGAGGUCAAGAGCAGGACGCCCGGCCCUAAGGGAUUCCACUUUUACACUCUCAACCUUGAAAAGGCCGUCUCCUUCAUCCUCGAGAGAACAGGCCUCAUCCCCGACCCCAAGUUCGACGACGAGGAAGCCGUCAUCGACGAUGGCCCGGGCGUCCCCAUCUCCGUACCCGCAGUCCAGCUCAACGGCCUGUCUCCAAUUCACCCGGCCGCGCGUGCACUGUCCGGACGCCGACAUUCGUCCAUGGGCUCCUCGGACCCGCACAACCGCAUCAUCGUCUCUUCGGCCUCGAAUCCCGCCUACGAGACGACGGCCGCCGGCCUCACGGUCUCGGAGCCCCUCAACACGCGUGCCAAUACCCUCGCCAUCUCGGAGGGCGUCGGCGCCGUCGGUCGCGAGGCGACGUGGGAUGACUUUCCCAACGGUCGCUGGGGUGACGCCCGCUCCCCGGCCUACGGUGAGAUCGACGGCUACGGCGUCAGCCUGCACAUGUCCGUGACGCAGGCCAUCCGCCUCUGGGGCACGCCCAAGACGGUCCAGGACAUCAACAACAUCUUCAUCCGCCACAUCAAGGGCCAGCUGAGCGCCAUUCCCUGGUCUGAGGAGGAGCUCCUCCCGGAAUCCAACAUCAUCCAGCAGGAGCUUCUCGAGCUCAACACGCGCGGCUGGUGGACCGUCGCCUCCCAGCCCGCCGUCAAUGGCAUCCCCUCUCGCGACCCGACCUUCGGCUGGGGCCCGCAGCACGGCUUCGUCUUCCAAAAAGCCUUUGUCGAGCUCUUCAUCCCCUUGUCCGACUGGGCCGGCCUCGUCGCGCGCCUCAACGAGGUGACGGACAACACCAUCUGCUUCUACGCCGCCAACGCCGCCGGCGACUUUGUGUCCUCGGACUCGAGCGGCGGGCUCGUCCUCGAAGGCACCGAGGCCAGCACCAACGCCGUCACGUGGGGCGUCUUCCCUGGCAAGGAGAUCAUCACGCCCACCAUCAUCGAGGAGGUCAGCUUCCGUGCCUGGGCCGAGGAGGCCUUCAAAAUCUGGGGUGAGUGGGCCAAGGUCUACGGCAAGGGCAGCGACAGCGAGGCCCUGCUGGAGCGGAUACGCUCCGAGUACUGGCUCGUCAACAUCAUCCACCACGACUACGUUGAGAGGGACGCGCUGUGGAAGCUGCUGUCGGGUGAGAAGGAGAAAUAG